UGCCAAUCCGGAAUCCAGUCCGGCCCACCUUGCCCUGCUGCUCCACGCCUGGAUUUUGUGGCUGCCGUCUCUGAUGAUGUCAUCCAGAGGCGACGGUAUUUAAAGCUCCGCUCGGCUCAGCUCAGGAGCUUGGCUUGAUGCGUCGCUCGUUUUGUGUGUUGCCAUUCCUAUUUUGUAUGACCUGUGUUUUAAUUUGCUUGACUGUUGUUAGACUCUGAACUUGGAUUGCCCGUUGGUACUUCUGCUGUCUGUAAAUAGCUACUAGCUAUUUAUGUGGGCAGUGGUAGCUCAGUGGUUAAGACGUUGGACUACUGAUCAGAAGGUCAUGAGUUCAAUCCCCAGCACCGCCAAGCUACUACUGCUGGGCCCUUGAGCAAGGCCCUUAACCCUCAACUGCUCAGAUGUAUAAAAAAUGAGAUUAAAUGUAAGUUGCUCUGGAUAAGGGCAUCUGCCAAAUGCCAUAAAUGUACUAGCUGCUGUAUAUUUGUAGAUAUUAUUCUUUGCUAGUUUUCACCGGUAGUAGGGGUACGGCCGCUAUUUAUUUGGGGAGUAGGUUUUAUCUAUGUUUUGCUUAGGGAGGUAGGGAAGCAAUGCUGUAUUUUUGUUUUGGUCUUUCUUUGUAGGUCAGGUAGUUCCUUAUUACAGUGUCUUUUGUUUAUUAUUUUGGCCUUGGUCCACCCUGAAGCUCCACCCGGUUGUUGCAUGUACAGCACUUGUAUAUAUCUUGCAUAAUAUACCACGUUUUGUAUAUAUCUGGCCACUAAUGCUGUAUGACCCAACCCUAGACUGGGUCGUAACACAGAUCUUCUUCAAAUUCACACAUUUCGUUACUAUGGGCAAGAUAUAGACAGGAUUGCAAAUUUCAUGUUCCUAUCACACUGACGAAACUGUAAGAAAUGUCAAAAUUUGACCACCUGAAGAUUUUCCCACACGUUGAAAACAGGAGCCUCAGAUCUCAGGUUUGGUGUGUGUUAGGAAAAUGAAACCUGUACUCCUGUUUAUGUCUUGACCUCCCUAACCAACGAUGUGAAUUUGGGGAAAAUCUGAGAAUGUCAAAUUUUUCACCCAAAAAACACCCCUUACAGUUUUUUGUGAAAUUCUUGACUUUCUCCAAUUUUCUUUACAUUCACACUGUUGGUUAGUGAGGUCGAGACAUAAAUGGGAGUGUGUUUAGUUUCAUCCUGUCAAACUCCAAACCUGAGAUCUGAGGCUUCUAUUUUCAACAUAUUCCAGUCAAUGAAAUUUACAAAUUUUGGACACUGCAUUCCUUUCUGGAGCCUUUCAGAACCUGUGGUUACUGGCUUUAGUGCGGUUCCCUCGCUCACUAGCCUUAUCAUCUAUUACGCUUGCAGCCUGUUACGUUCUGGGGUAUGUUCGCGUGUUUUUCUGUUUUGUUCUCUCCCCUUUUCUCUCUCUCUCUGCAGCACUGCCCCAUUGGAUUACAUUCCUGUUCGUCUCGAUUAUGUCAUAGACCGUGACAACCAAUCAAACUCUGGCCCCGCCUAUUUAAAUCCUGAACUUAAAAAGUACAAGGAGAGGAGAGGAGAGGAGAUCCCACAGAGGAGAGGAGAGGAGAUCCCACAGAGGAGAGGAGAGGAGAUCCCACAGAGGAGAGGAGAGGAGAUCCCACAGAGGAGAUCCCACAGAGGAGAGGAGAUCCCACAGAGGAGAGAUCCCCCCACAGAGGAGAGGAGAUCCCACAGAGGAGAGGAGAGGCGAUCAGAUCCCACAGAGGAGAGGAGAGGAGAUCCCACAGAGGAGAUCCCACAGAGGAGAGGAGAGGCGAUCAGAUCCCACAGAGGAGAAGAGAGGAGAUCCCACAGAGGAGAUCCCACAGAGGAGAGGAGAGGAGAUCCCACAGAGGAGAGGAGAGGAGAUCCCACAGAGGAGAGGAGAUCAGAUCCCACAGAGGAGAGGAGAUCAGAUCCCACAGAGGAGAUCCCACAGAGGAGAGGAGAGGAGAUCCCACAGAGGAGAGGAGAUCAGAUCCCACAGAGGAGAGGAGAUCCCACAGAGGAGAGGAGAGGAGAGGAGAUCCCACAGAGAAGAGGAGAGGAGAUCAGAUCCCACAGAGGAGAUCCCACAGAGGAGAAGAGAGAUCAGAUCCCACAGAAACAUAUAAAAUAUCUUAAUAUAUGUCAAUAUAAAAUACACACUCUAAACUCCACAUGCUGAGUUUACAUUAAUCAAGAUUAUCAAGAUCUCCUCUUAUAACACACUGCUUAGGAUGCAUGAAGUCCUGCAUGUGUUCUCCAGCAGAAGAUCAUCAGAAGUCCUUGAAGACACCACAGAGACAAUCUGCUACAUGAACACACACAUUCACUAGUUCAUCGUUAUUAAAUAAAUCUGUUUACACAUCAUGUUUGGUUUUUAAAACAAGUGAGCAUGUGUGUCUGUGUGUAGUGUUUUAAAAGUUUGAAACCAGCAAACAAUCCAUGUUCCCUUUUAAUUGAUAAAGGGUUAAAUAAAUGUUUUAAAACCAGAUACGACGCACAAGAGGUGUGCAGGUGAAGAACAAAUAAACUGAAAUAAACUUUGUGCUGGAUCUCCACCUGACCAUGACAUUUACUCUGACCAUUCACCAGCCUGAUUCCACUGGAACCUGAUUUAUAGACAUUAUAAAUGCACUUUAUCCAAGAAAAAAAAAAAAACCUUAAACGAUCACAAUGACCUGACUGUUUCAACCUUCAGUCUCUUUAGGUCUCACCAACACCCCUAACAGUCACCUGUUUACAUGAUGAUUUAGGCCGUACCUGAGCACAUGAUGCCAGCAUCUUCACUAUGAUUACAGAAGUGUUGAUUCAUGUGGACACUCAGUGACGUCUUUUUCACUUCCAGAACAAAGAGCAGAAUGCAGAUGAACUGGACCACUUCCCUCACCAAAGUGAGAACUACAAUGGAUAUAAAAAGGCUACGCACUCCUUUUAAAAUGGCAGGGUUUUGUAGUGUAAAAAAUGAAACCAAGAUAAAUCAUGACAAAGAACAAACAAACAAACAAAGCACAACACCAAAGAAACAUAAGAAAUAACGCUGAGACAGAAGGAUAUCAAUAAGACACCCCAGUAAAUGAAAGAUAAGUGGGUCACUUACCUUGGUCACGUUAGUAGCAUAUCUAGACCUUUGUAAGCUAGGAUGUUUAUGUAACUGGACCUUUAACAGAUUCAGUUGAAUACUCAUGGAGUAGGGCUUCACUUUUUUGAAUGUCAGCUAACCAAGACUUGAAUUCAAGUUCAUUAUUGUUAUGACCGGCCAGAGUGUACAGCUCCAAGCAUGCAUUCCAAGUAAACACUGGCCAAAGCCUUUUCUUGUAGUCAUAAUCAUCAACAAGUGCUGUCAUAAACUAUACAUUCAGCCUCUUUCGAAAUUCUUUUACCUUGUAUGGUAUACACAGUAACUUCAGAAAUCUGGAAACAAAUAAGCCAUAUAAUAAAUCCUAAUAAUAAAUUUAACAUUCAGUCUACAUUUAACAUUCAGAAUCAGGUGGUGUGAUAAAGCAAAGUCACUGUUACCACCCCAAAGUUGAUUAUUUUCCUAUAACAGCAUGUCCUGAAAAAAUGUAUUCCUCUUUUAAUUUAUUAAUAAAUGACAUCACAUUUUUUUCCAGUUCUAGUCACAUUUAAUUUUGUGGAACAUCCAUGAAACAAGUUAGUUCUUGUUCUCAUUUACAUUAUAGCAGCUAUAAACUCGCACCACCCGCUUUUAUCUCUCACUUGAACUUCACAAGACAUAAAAACAAGCAAACAAACCAAAAAUAAAUGUAGAUUGCCAUGGUACAGAUAAAAAGUGUAAGCUGCUCUGUCCUGAGGACUUUCCCGUGUCAUUUACAUUUACAUUUAUGGCAUUCAGCAGAAGCCCUU